GGCGAACGGGAUGGGUGGGGGUGUUUUGGUUCUAGCUGCUCGCCGUCCUUUCCAGACUCCAUCGUCCGACAGCUUCUCGUUGCUGCCUCUCCUUCCCUUCCCCUUCCCUUUCUCGGUCCUGGCCCUCUUUCCUCCUCUUCUGCCUGCCUCCCCUUUUUCUACUGCCGCCCCGGGUCCGGGCCAUUUUCCGGGCCGGGCACACUAAGGUGCGCGGUCCCGGGGCCCAGUAUAUGACCCGCCGUCCUGCUCCUGCUCGCUUCCCCUGCCCCAUGUGGCUGCGGGGCCGCGGCGGCGCUGCCCACUAUGGCCCGGAAAGCAGUUAGCAGGAAGCGGAAGGCGUCCGCCUCGCCGGGAGCUGGGAGCGACGCUCAGGGCCCGCAGUUUGGCUGGGAUCACUCACUUCACAAAAGGAAAAGACUCCCCCCAGUGAAGAGAUCCUUAGUGUACUACCUGAAGAACCGAGAGGUCAGGCUACAGAAUGAAACCAACUACUCCCGAGUGUUGCAUGGUUAUGCAGCACAGCAACUUCCCGGUCUUCUGAAAGAGAGAGAGUUUCACCUUGGGACCCUUAAUAAAGUGUUUGCGUCUCAGUGGCUGAAUCAUAGGCAAGUGGUGUGUGGCACAAAAUGCAACACGCUAUUUGUAGUGGAUGUCCAGACAAGCCAGAUCACCAAGAUUCCCAUUCUGAAGGACCGAGAACCUGGAUGUGUGACCCAGCAGGGCUGUGGUAUCCAUGCCAUCGAGCUGAAUCCCUCUAGGACACUGUUAGCCACCGGAGGAGACAACCCCAACAGUCUUGCCAUCUACCGGCUGCCUACGCUAGAUCCUGUGUGUGUGGGAGAUGAUGGACACAAGGACUGGAUCUUUUCCAUUGCAUGGAUCAGCGACAGUAUGGCGGUGUCUGGCUCACGUGAUGGUUCUAUGGGACUCUGGGAGGUGACAGAUGAUGUGUUGACCAAAAGUGAUGCAAGGCACAAUGUGUCACGGGUCCCUGUCUACACUCACAUCACUCACAAGGCCUUAAAGGACAUCCCCAAGGAGGACACAAAUCCUGACAACUGCAAGGUUCGGGCUCUGGCCUUUAACAACAAAAACAAGGAAUUGGGAGCAGUAUCUCUGGAUGGCUACUUUCAUCUCUGGAAAGCUGAAAAUACACUGUCUAAGCUCCUCUCCACCAAAUUGCCCUAUUGCCGUGAGAAUGUGUGUCUGGCCUAUGGUAGUGAAUGGUCAGUAUAUGCAGUGGGCUCCCAAGCUCACGUCUCCUUCUUGGAUCCACGGCAGCCGUCGUACAACGUCAAGUCUGUUUGCUCCAGGGAGCGAGGCAGUGGGAUCCGGUCAGUGAGUUUCUAUGAGCACAUCAUCACUGUGGGCACAGGGCAGGGCUCCCUGCUGUUCUAUGACAUCCGAGCUCAGAGGUUCCUGGAAGAGAGGCUCGCUGCUUGUUAUGGGUCCAAGCCCAAACUGGCAGGGGAGAAUCUGAAACUAACCACUGGCAAAGGCUGGCUGAAUCAUGAUGAAACCUGGAGGAAUUACUUUUCGGACAUUGAUUUCUUCCCCAAUGCUGUUUACACCCACUGCUACGACUCGUCGGGAACGAAGCUCUUUGUGGCAGGAGGCCCCCUCCCUUCAGGGCUCCAUGGGAACUAUGCUGGGCUCUGGAGUUAAUGACAACUAACUCUCUCCCCAAAUGCAGAGAUUUACACUAACUUCCAUCCUCAGUUUCCUUGUUACUUCUUUUGAUUUUUUCCAAUUGAGUGAGGCCCUCAUAUUUUAGUGGGAACACCGGAAUUUGCCUUUGGUUCGGGCUCUUGACAGGAAGAAGCUCUUUGCAGAAAUCUGAAGUGUUUUUUGUUUGGUUGGUUUUUUCCCUUUUGGUAAUCAGAAUUUUACUUUACUGUCUUUUUUCUUUCUGGCUUCUCAACCAAACAUUGUUGUUAAUCCCUGUUUGUGUUUUCUCUUCAAGUGACACGCACUCUUCCCUCUCUGGCUUCUUUAGGCUGACAUAGUUGCUCUCCCCCUUACUUCAUUCUUCAGAGGUAGGGCCCCUUUAUAAUUAUGUGGUUGCCCUCAGACUUUCUGUGAAAGUUUGGGGGCUGUGUGUGUGUGUGCACAUGCGUGUGUGUGCAUGAACUUGUGUGCCUGUAAGUACUGUGUGUCACUGAAAUUACCUGGAGUGAGGAUUACUUGUAAUUAAAAUAUUUAUAAAAGAAACAACUUUAUUCACAGAGUCCAGCUUUGGGACUGGUCUUUAUCUUGUUUUUCAAAAUUUAACAGCACUGAUUAUAGGAAGUAAAAACAGAAAGGAAAACAAACCACCACCAGGAUUACACUUUGAGUUAGACUGCACCUUCCUGGGGCUCUCACACCAGGACCCCUCAGUGGCUUGGCCCCUCCCUGGCUCCCGUCUGUGUGGCCCCUAGGCGAGAACAUUUGUGCCUGUGUGCCACUUCCAUUUCAGCUUCCGUCUGCUUAGCCAGUGGCCACUCCCCUGAAACAUCAGGGUCUCCAGCCACACGCAGCUCCGGAGGCUGCAGAAGGCUCGGAAGGGCUUGAUAAAGAGAAUCCUUAUCCCACCCUCUCUCUCCCUCCCCGCAAACAAGACCAGAUCUGCUGUCUCAGGGGCCUGGAGCUGGAGGCCUCAAAUCUUCUGAGAUUCACUUACUCAGACCCCUUGGCUGUGUUUGCCUUUCUUCUCCCCAAUGGGUUCUGCGUUUGCAUUCUGGAUUGAGUUCAGUCCAGGAGGGGGUGGUGAGCAGGGGGUUUAUCUGUGUGUAGUGAGUGCUUCAUUUCUGCCAUGUUCAUUCUCUCAAUGCGGUGGGGCAGGGGUUGAAGCCACCUCUCCCACUCCGUUGGCUCAGCCCUGGAAUGGUGAUGGGGUGGCCUACAGCCAGCAACAUUGUGCAUGUAAAAGCAUCCAUGUGAUUAGUAAUUUGUUCCUCCCUUGAACUGUCUGUUUAGUCUGAGGUUUUUAAACUUGCAGGCAACUGACCGACUGAUGUCCUGUUAUCCCUUGCCUUUUAUGCAUCAUGUUGCAGAUAACAGCUGUUCCCAGCCCGAAAUUCCUCCUCCAUUCUAAGCACAUACUCUGCUUCUGUCAACAGCCCAUCCUGGGGAAAGGAAAUUUGCUCUCCCAGUCAUCCUCCUGUGCUCUGGGUGUAAGUGGAGAGAUUGGAAAAAAAGCGUGUCUUCUCCUUGUGAUGGGGGCUGGCGGGAAGGGGAGACGGCGAGUCUACCUAUCUUGGUGGUGCAAGGCGUACACCACAGAUUCUAGAAUUCUCAUCUUCUAACCUAGAGAAGUAGGUGCUAUAAACAGGAAUUAAGCAAAAUGCUGGAUGCUGUAGAUCUUUUAAUCGUCUUAAUUUUUUUCUACUGUAAACUACAAGCUGUAGAUUUCUUAGUUCUCACAGAACUUCUACCAUUUUAAACCGACUUGUAUAUUUAAAAAAAAAAAGAUCUUAAGUAGGAUGUUUUGUACUAUUGCCAGACCCUCUUCUGUGAUGGGUAAUAGAUUUUAUUGUUUUUUGAGAUUUUGUUUUCAAAAAUGUAGCACUUGACUUUUUGCCAAGUAAAAAAAUAAACACUAUUCCAGUGCA